AUGUUUUGUGCAUCCCCUGUCAUCCUCUGUCAUUUUCUUUGUCCUUCUCAGGUAUCUGUGUGGAGAGCACUCUUUGGUAAGGAGGCAGACAAGCUUGAGCAAGCCAACGACGAUGACAAGACUUACUACAUCAUAGAGAAGGAGCCCCUCGUCAACACCUACAUCUCUGUUCCCAAGGAGAACAGCACCUUAAACUGCGCGGCCUUCACGGGAGGGAUCAUAGAGGCCAUUCUCACCCACAGCGGCUUCCCCGCCAAGGUCACCGUCCACUGGCACAAGGGCACCACGCUCAUGAUCAAGUUCGAUGAGGCUGUCGUCGCCAGAGACAAAGGACUGGAAGGAAGAUAGGAGGGAGUUGGAUAAAUGGCUGGAGACUUGUCGUCAUUAUGGAUUCUCAGGACUCACGUCGUAUUAAAAUUCACGUUCAACUAUAAAACGAGUUCUUUAUGUUAGAUAAGCAGGAUUAACAAAGCUGUGAAGAACAUGACUUUACAGCCUUUCAGUGGAGGUUGAGAUUUGGGAGGAGUUCAGAAACACUACAAGCUCUUUAUUUAAAACCUUUGUUGCUCUAGUGCUCUUAAAAAAGUGGUUUUGUUUUACCGCACAAUGUAGACCGACAUCAGCAACUCCCAAACCAAACAGCUGAUAGAAAAUGUCCCAUUUCCUCAUAUUAGCUAAAGUUAGUGACUGAAUCUGUGUUGGCAGGCCUGAUGGCAGCACAGGUGUCCACAUGUUUGUACUGCAGGGUCACCGCAACGCUGCUACCUCGACCUAUUCAAGAGGUGAGGCAGCGGCUUUGCGGUUAUGUUUGUACAUGCAUUUUGUUAUUAUAAAAUAUAAGUAAAUGUAUAAGAAAA